GGUCUGGGAGCAGACAAACUUGCGUAGUCUUGCCACGGCUCUUGCUGUCUGCCUACCUAUCUCUAUGGACGGCUGGAGGGGAGAGGAGGAAACUACUAGGACUAUUAUCGUCGGGACCGCAGCGCCUCGCGAGGGCCUGACAAUGAUUUAAAUCACGGAAAACCGGGAUAAGGGGGGAAAAGAAGUAGGAGAGACGACGGGAGCGCGAGAGGAGAGAGGAGUAGCAGUUGGAGAUGUGCGGUCGGGCCGAGAUUGUAGCGGUAACCCCGUCUAGGCCUGGACUAAGCAGAUUGUUCUAAAAGGAAACGGAUAACAAACAGGGGAAGUGAACAUGGCUGGGACCUCUGGCUUCUUUUCCAAUGGACCUGUUCUGUGGAUGGUUAACGACACAGAAAUGAACAACCUGUACCGGGACCUGGAGCUGGGUACAGUACUGACUCUGUUUUAUUCUAAGAAAUCCCAGCGGCCCGAGAGAAGGACUUUUCAAGUAAAGCUAGAGACCAGGACUAUUAUCUGGACUCGGGGCACAGAUAAAAUAGAAGGAGAGAUUGACAUUCGAGAGAUCAAGGAGAUCCGUUCUGGUCAGAAGUCACGGGACUUUGAGCGCUAUGUGGAGGACUCGGCUUCACGGCUCGAUCAGGCUCACUGCUUUGUCAUUCUGUAUGGCACAGAGUUUCGCCUUAAAUCCCUCAGCCUGGCAGCAACAUCUGAUGAGGAGUUGACCAUGUGGGUGAAGGGGUUGAAUUGGCUUGUGGCUGAUACACUGCAGUCUCCCACACCACUUCAAAUAGAGAGAUGGUUACGCAAGCAGUUUUAUGCACUUGAUCGCAACAGAGAAGACAGGAUUUCCUGUAAGGAUCUGAAGAACAUGCUGAGCCAGGUCAACUACAGGGUGCCCAACAUGAAGUUCCUCCGAGAGAAACUUCCGGACUCUGAGCUGAGGAAUGGAGAUGUGCCCUUCAGCCAGUUUGCCCAGCUGUAUCGUAGCCUCAUGUUUGACGCUCAGAAAAAUAUGGAGAUCCCUUUUCUACAAAGGUUCACUGAUAGACCAGAACAGAAGAUCUCCCUAGAGGACUUCAAGAGUUUCCUCCUUGAAUCUCAAAUGGAACUGUGGGCCACAGACAACAACAAGGUGCAGGAGUUUAUGUUUGGCUACCUGAAAGAUCCCCUGAGAGAAGUAGAGCAGCCUUAUUUCCAGCAAGAUGAGUUCCUCACAUACCUGUUUUCCAAAGAGAACACCAUCUGGGAUUCCUCCCUGGACCAAGUGUGUCCCGAGAACAUGAACAACCCUCUGUCCCACUACUGGAUCUCCUCUUCACAUAAUACCUACCUGACUGGAGACCAGUUUUCCAGUGAGUCGUCCUUGGAGGCGUAUGCUCGUUGCCUGAGGAUGGGCUGCCGCUGUAUUGAAUUGGAUUGCUGGGAUGGUCCAGAUGCAAUGCCAGUCAUCUACCACGGACAUACCCUCACAACAAAAAUCAAGUUUAGUGAUGUCUUAAACACCAUCAAAGAACAUGCCUUCGUCACGUCUGACUAUCCCAUCAUCCUGUCCAUUGAGGACCACUGCAGUAUUGUACAGCAGAGGAACAUGGCCACCUACUUUAAGAAGGUGUUUGGAGACAUGCUGCUGACCAAGACGGUGGACAUUGCAGCUGAUGGCCUGCCUUCACCCAACCAGCUAAAGAGGAAGAUUCUGAUUAAGCAUAAGAAGCUUGCAGAAGGCAGUGCAUAUGAGGAGGUGUCUACCUCUACACCCUACUCAGAGAAUGAUAUCAGCAACUCCAUCAAAAAUGGCAUCCUAUACCUGGAAGAUCCUAUCAACCAUGAGUGGAACUCCCAUUUCUUUGUUCUGACCAGCAAUAAGAUCUACUACUCAGAAGAGACCUCCAGUAACCAGGGCAACGAUGAAGAGGAGGAGCACAGAGAGGUGUCCAAUGGUAUGGACCAGCAUGUGACAGAGAAAUGGUUCCAUGGAAAGCUUGGUGCUGGCCGGGAUGGGAGGCAGAUUGCAGAGAGGCUGCUGUCAGAGUACUGCCUUGAGACUGGAGCUCCUGAUGGCUCCUUUCUAGUCCGGGAGAGUGAAACUUUUGUUGGAGACUACACAUUGUCCUUCUGGCGUUCGGGCCGGGUACAGCAUUGUCGCAUCCACUCUCGCCAGGAAGCAGGCAGCACCAAGUUCUUCCUGACAGACAACUUGGUGUUUGAGACACUCUUUGCUCUGAUCAACCACUACCAGCAGGUGGCGCUUCGAUGCAACGAGUUUGAAAUGAAACUGACUGAGCCUGUGCCUCAGACUAAUGCCCACGAAAGCAAAGAGUGGUACCAUGCCACCCUAUCCAGGAGUCAUGCAGAAAACAUGCUGAUGAGGGUUCCUCGUGACGGGGCUUUUCUUGUCAGGAAGAGGACAGAGCCCAACUCCUUUGCCAUUUCAUUUAGGGCUGAGGGUAAAAUCAAACAUUGUCGAGUUCAGCAGGAGGGUCAGACUGUGGUGCUGGGCACCUCAGAGUUUGACAGCCUUGUAGAUCUCAUCAGUUACUAUGAAAAGCACCCUCUGUAUCGCAAAAUGAAGUUGCGUUAUCCCAUCAAUGAGGACACACUGGAGAAGAUUGGCACUGCUGAGCCAGACUAUGGGUCACUGUAUGAGGGCAGGAAUCCUGGCUUUUAUGUUGAGGCUAAUCAAAUGCCAACCUUAAAGUGCACAGUGAAAGCAAUGUAUGAGUACAAAGCCCAGAGAGAUGAUGAGCUCUCUUUUACCAAGAAUGCCGUCAUCUCUAAUGUGGAAAAACAGGAAGGAGGAUGGUGGAAAGGUGACUGUGGAGGGAAGAAGCAGAUGUGGUUUCCUGCAAACUAUGUGGAGGAGAUUAGUCCAUCAGCAGCAGAGCCUGACAGAAAUGAAAUGACAGAAAACAGCCCCCUGGGAGAUCUGCUUAGGGGAAGCGUGGACUUGUCUUCCUGUCAGAUCGUUGUGCGCCCUGAUGGGAAGGGCAGCAGACCUCAUGUUUUCUCCCUGGUGCCAAAUGUGCGCAUGGGCCCAGUGCUGGAUGUGGCUGCCAACAGCUCUGAGGAACUCAAGGAAUGGUUGGUCAAGAUCCGUGAAGUCACCAUGACCUCAGAGGCCAAGCUUGAGGAGGGGAAGAUGAUGGAAAGGAGGAAGAAGAUUGCACUGGAAUUAUCAGACCUGGUCAUAUACUGUAGACCUGUGCCGUUUGAUGAAGAAAAGAUCGGCACAGAGCGGGCCUGCUUCCGUGACAUGUCAUCCUUCCCUGAGACCAAGGCAGAGAAAUACGUCAACAAGAUCAAGGGGAAAAAGUUCUUGCAGUACAACCGACUCCAGUUGUCCAGGAUCUACCCCAGAGGCCAGCGAUUAGACUCCUCCAACUAUGACCCGCUACCUAUGUGGCUUUGUGGGUCCCAGCUGGUCGCACUUAACUUCCAGACAGCAGACAAACCCAUGCAGAUGAACCAGGCUCUGUUCAUGCUGAAUGGAAGGAGUGGCUACGUCCUUCAGCCACCCAUCAUGAGGGACGACAGCUUUGAUCCCUUUGACAGACAUACACUACGAGGCAUUGAACAAGUCACUCUAGUGGUAGAGGUCUUAGGUGCUCGGCACCUUCCUAAGCAUGGACGAGGCAUUGUUUCCCCUCUCAUUGAGAUUGAGGUGUGCGGGGCUGAGUACGAUAGUGCCAAGCAAAAAACAGAAUCGGCAGUUGAUAACGGUUUGAACCCCACAUGGCCGAGAAAGUCCUUCCAGUUCCCAGUGUGCAACUCUGCCUUUGCCUUCCUGCGAUUUGUGGUUAAUGAAAUAGACAUGUUCAAUGACCAAAACUUCCUGGCUCAGGCCACAUUCCCCAUUCAGAGUCUCAAGACUGGUUACCGGUCUGUGCCUCUGAAGAACAGCUACAAUGAGGAUCUAGAGUUGACUUCGUUGUUAGUUCACAUGGAUAUCGUCAGAGGCAGGGAUGAAAAUGGUGAGGUUCUGAGCCCGUUCCUUGCGGUCGGAUCCACGUCAUUGCCAACAUCAGCCCAAGUAGGGCGGGAACGUUUUGGGGAACUAAGCUCAGUGUCCUCAACUUCCUCCAGCAUGUCUCCUCUUCCCCAGUCACCAGGUCAGGCCAUGGCCUACAGGGGAAGGGAGGGCUCCUUUGAGUCCCGCUACCAGUCACCCAUCGAUGAUUUCAGGGUCUCCCAGGAGCCUCUAUUGGACCACAUGGACCCACAGAACAGACGGAUGUUGCGGAGGACCAGAGUGGAGAACCGUGUCUAAGUCCAAGCCAAUCAGGAUUCAUUCUUGUCCAAGACCCCCCCCCCCCAAAAAAAAUCCUUCCCCCAUCCAGUACUGAUGAUGUCACUGACUGCUGUGAACACAGUUUCCAUGGAAACACCCACCACCGCUUUGGCCUACAUUUCAGGCAGCUCUCCCUCCCUCCUUUCUUGAAACCCCCAGCCUGCCCGCCUGACGAGAAGGAGGGACUCGGACACUGAAAGGGGCGGGGGUCACUGAGAGGAAGCUGGCGGCGGCGGACAGGAAGAAAUGACAUUCACAGCAGAACAAACAGCAAAGGCUGAGAGAGUUCCAGCCCUGGACCGUGUUCCCAUGUUUUAUGGGGCAGAUUGUAAUCUCUUGUGUCCUCGUGCACAACGGCUGCUUCGUUUGGAGACCAAGAGGAGGGAAAGAAAGAGCUAGAGGAGGCAUCAGUUUGAAACUGUUUCCAGUCAAGUUUCUUUGCUCUUCUGUUUUUGGCCUAUAUGAACCUAUAUAUUUAUUCCUGCUGUGCUGUUUGGCCGGAGAACAGCAGCAGCAGCCAACCUGCUCUCAAAGAGCUCCCUUCUCCAUGUUUUUAAUUAUUGUAAUUAUUUAAACCUUUAAACAUUCAUAAUGUGACCUUUUUUUUCUGUUGUUUGUGUAAAACAUGAGGGCUCUCUACAGCUAGUUUUGACAUCUCUCUUCUCUGCUUUGAGGAGGACUUUAUGUGCCUCCAGUCUAACUCGUACCUUAAAAUUAGAAUUAUGUUACAUAGUUGUCUUUUUAUUUCUUUUUUCCUUCUUUAAAAGCAAGGAGAAGUGUUUGUGUUGAAAGCAGUAAGAGCAAGCAGCAUCUGCACAUAUACAGACUUUUUAUCUCUAAUUUACAUUCCAAAUAAGUGCACAUCAUUCCAUUGUCCUGCAUUGCUUCACAAGUCAGUCUGAUACAAAAACAUCAGCCAGUCCAACCCUCAAUGAUGAUGCAGGACCAGGGAUUAAUGUUAGAUCUCGGAAAAGGUUGUAGUCUGAUUGCAUCAACUACCAACAUGCUCAUGGUCACGUUGCGGUCUUGUCACUGACGGGGUUGGUGCACACGCAGCUUAGGGCUGCAUUAAUUAUCAGCAAUCUGCUCAGCAGUUUGAACAUUACUUAUAACCACAGAUCGGUUUGCAGAGCAUGAAUACAUUAUAUCUUCACAUUUAAUUCAAGAAACAUUGUAAAUGUCUCUCUUUCCCGCAAUGCCACUUUGUGCAGUGUUUUUAAUAUGUUCACAAAAGUUAUUCCCAAAUUUACACCGAUGUAGGCUGGCAGUGAAUAGAAACUUCGCUGUUGUUAGUCUACUUUAGAAAAUGUAAUGUCAGCAGAAGUGUGGACAUGGUCUAAAGGUCCUUAGCUGAGCCAUUUUACUACAGCUGGUUUCUUUUUUAUUUUUGUCAGUAAUUACAAAAAACCAACGGUGUUGCUGAAGAGCAGUCAGUUUGAAUUGUAAGUUUAAGCCAUAGUAAUCUAUUACAGUGUGCACCACACAGUAAGGGACCCUUAUGUUUUGGUGAGUUUUGCCACUGUAACAAGCUGCUUUCCAGACAUGUUUGAACAUUUUGAGGUAUAACGCCAUAACAAUUAAAUUGCCAUUGAACAGAUCCGACAAGAAAUGUGCAAAAGUUGCAGACUUUGUAUAAAACACUAGCAGACAGCUUUGUGAGAAUGCAUAUCCCAACGUUUUGUAUUUCUUUAUCGUCAGUUUUAGACACUUCAACAUGCAAAAGUUUGUCUUGUCCCUGCCAUAGUGUUAUAUUUAUAGUCUUGAAAUUAAAACUGUUUUCCCUGCUUGUACACGGAGACUAUAUGAUGUAAGUUUAAUAUUCUCAGUGUUUUGAUGACUGAGAUACAUUUAAGCCAUAAGGUAUGAUUUAAGGUAAAAGCAAGGUCAGGAGUGAGUACUUGGUUGCGUUUAAAAAUUUUAUCCCAAAGCUCCUCAUGUUCCAUGUAUUUGUCCUCCAGUGGUUGAUAAAAGGUCUUUGGAGAGGCCACCCUCCAGUGCUCUUAAAGCUGGCCUGUCUGUAAAUCUCUAUGUGCCUCCAUCUGCAUCAACAUCACAUUACAACCACAUCUUCCACAUGCACAGCCAUGGUGCAACCACACAGGCGUUAUCCCUUAUUGAGGCUGCAUCUCAGUAUUGUGUGAGAAUGUAAAGAGCCAUGUUGGACUGGGACAUCCCCGACUCCACUGCUUACUUUGUUUCUGUCACAAGAGGGGGAUUUAUGCUCCUACUAAUGUGUAAUGAGGUCUAAUCAACCAGAAAAACUUUAAAACACCUGAAUGGGUGCGCAGAGCUCUUAAUUGUCAUUUGUUUCUCUCCCCUCUCCCAUCUUUUCUUUGCUAGUGACAGCCUCAUUUACAUUGGC